UGCUCCCGACCCGCGGCCUGCUUGGUUGGCGCACUCUGUGCGCGGCCGCCUGGUACGUCACGCGGGGCGGCUGAAGCGGACAUGGCUGUCAUGCUGCAGCGCAUCGAGCGGCUGUCCAGUCGAGUGGUGCGUGUGUUGGGCUGUAACCCGGGUCCAAUGACCCUGCAGGGCACCAACACCUACCUAGUGGGGACCGGCUCCAGGAGAAUCCUCAUUGACACUGGAGAACCAUCAAUUCCAGAAUAUAUCAGCUGUUUAAAGCAGGCUCUAACUGAAUUUAACACAGCAAUUCAGGAAAUCAUAGUGACUCAUUGGCACCAGGAUCAUACUGGCGGCAUAGAAGAUAUUUGUAAAAGCAUCAAUAGUGACACUGCCUAUUGUAUUAAAAAACUCCCACGGAAUCCUCAUAGAGAAGAAAUUAUAGGAAAUGGAGAGCGACAAUAUGUUUAUCUGAAAGAUGGAGAUGUAAUUAAGACUGAGGGAGCGACUCUAAGAGUUAUAUAUACACCUGGCCACACUGAUGAUCAUAUGGCUCUCUUCUUAGAAGAGGAAAAUGCUUUCUUUUCUGGAGACUGCAUCCUAGGGGAAGGAACAACUAUAUUUGAAGACCUCUAUGAUUAUAUGAACUCCCUAAAAGAAUUAUUGAAAAUGAAAGCUGAUAUUAUAUAUCCAGGACAUGGCCCAGUAAUCCAUAAUGCCGAAGCUAAAAUUCUGCAGUACAUUUCUCACAGAAAUGUCCGAGAACAGCAAAUUCUUACAGUACUUCGUGAGAACUUUGAAAAAUCAUAUACAGUAGUGGAGCUUGCAAAAAUUAUUUAUAAGAUAAAAAGAUGACUACAGAUCCCUGCUCCCAGGGAUUCAUGGUUUAGUGAAG